AUGGAUAUUACCAUUCAGCACCCCUGGUUCAAACGGGCUCUUGGACCUUUAAUUCCAAGCCGUUUGUUUGAUCAGUUUUUUGGAGAAGGUCUUUUUGAAUAUGAUCUCCUGCCUUUGCUUUCCUCGACCAUCAGCCCAUACUACAGGCAAUCUCUCUUCCGCACCGUUCUGGAGUCAGGUGUCUCUGAGGUAAGAUUCGUGUUCCUGAAUACAUUUGAAGCUCUUUUUUUUUUUUUUUUAAAGCAAGCUUUUUGCACACCACCAGGUGUGUUGCAUGGUUUAAUCAGUUUAAUCCCAUAUUGAACGGGAUAGAUUGAUAAGGUCCUAGAAAGAACAAUAUUUGACAGAAACUGUAGUUCAGGAUUUAUGUGAUAACAGUUUUAAGAAAAAUAAGCAGAAUUGGAAAAUCGUAUUUUAACAUCUCUUAACUAUUUGAAGGGAGUGUGUCGCAUGUUUAGAAUCAUAGAAUCAUAGAGUUGGAAGAGACCACAAGGGCCAUCAAGUCCAACCCCCUGCCAAGCAGGAAACACCAUCAGAGCACUCCUGACAUAUGGUUGUCAAGCCUCUGCUUAAAGACCUCCAAAGAAGGAGACUCCACCACACUCCUGGGCAGCAAAUUCCACUGUUGAACAGCUCUUACUGUCAGGAAGUUCUUCCUAAUGUUUAGGUGGAAUCUUCUUUCUUGUAGUUUGGAUCCAUUGCUCCGUGUCCGCUUCUCUGGAGCAGCAGAAAACAACCUUUCUCCCUCCUCUAUGUGACAUCCUUUUAUAUAUUUGAACAUGGCUAUCAUAUCACCCCUUAACCUCCUCUUCUCCAGGCUAAACAUGCCCAGCUCCCUUAGCCAUUCCUCAUAAGGCAUCGUUCCAGGCCUUUGACCAUUUUGGUUGCCCUCCUCUGGACACGUUCCAGUUUCUCAGUGUCCUUCUUGAACUGUGGUUUAGAUGAUCUCUGUGUCACUUACAAAUUAGGUGGGUUAAAAAAAAAACAAAACCACAUAGGAAGGUGCUUUAUUCUGAGUCAGAAAUUGGUCUGACUAGCUUAGUAUUGUCUACAUCAGGGAUGGGGAACCUGUGGCCUAGAUAUUGCUCCCAUCAUUUCUGACCAUUGGCCAUGGUGGCUAGGGAUGAUGGGAAUUGGAGUCCAGGACUGUCUGGAUAGCUAGAUUCCCAAUCCCUGGUCCAGAAUAACUGGCAGUAGCUCUACAGGGUUUCUGCCAGCCCUACCUGGAGAUGCUGGGGACUUUGUAUAUUGUUGCAUUUCAUGGAUUCAUAGAACUGUGGAGUUGGAGGGGACCCUGAGGAUCAUCUAGUCCAACCCCCUGCAAUGCAGGAAUAUGCAGCUGUCCCUUAUGGGGGAUCGAACCUGCAACCUUGGCAUUAUCAGCACCACACUGUAACUAACUGAGCUAUCCAAUUGAACCUGAGACAUUGUGCAUGCAAAGCAGAUUCCGUAACACUGAGCUGUGGCCCUUCCCCUAAAAAUGAAGCAGAUUCUUACUUAAUCAAGUACAUUUUGUUGCCUUUUUAAAAAUGUGGGUUUUGAGUUUUGUUUGAUGCGCUGCAUAGUGGUCUCUUGGGAAGAGCAGCUCAAAGGUUAUUCAUAAAAUGUCACUUUUCAGGCUGUGUUCAGAACAUUCCAAUAGGACGUGUGACCAUAUUGGGUUUUGUUGGAUAUUCUGCAUACAUUUAUGGUCUGACCGGCUCAGAAAUCUAGGAAGAGCUCUGCCGAUGAAAAGCAGUGGCAGCUUCUAAAAGUUAGCCAUGAAACUCAAGUCUCCUGCAGUGUCUGUGCAUGCCCAGGUUUUUAGAGUCAUACGGGCAAGUUGCAAAAAUUGCCAAAAGCCUUUGAUUACCCUUUGGGUUGCCGGGGGCAAGAAAUAAUCUAUCCACAAAACAGAUAAAUGCUGAAGUGACUCAGCGGAAACUGAAUAGUACAGUGGUCAUAACUGGAGUGAAGAAUGGAAGCCACAAGCUGGAUUGCAAACAGCAUUUAGGCAAUUGUAUGUAGCAUCCUAAAAUCACACCCAAACCUACAAACUUGCCAAUCCAGAAUACCAGUAGUUAAGUCACUGGUGCCAAUUGUGAGUGAACUGACUCAAGUUGUAGACUGAAUUCUCACCUGCUUUUCAAAACAAAUCCUUUUGAAAACUGAAAAGAAUAAUAAAAAGACACUUGCUAAUUUCAAGGGUUUAAGAACAUGUCUUAAUGAUUUUGCCGUCACAAAUUAUCUCACAGGGAAUCUGAGAAAUAUAAUCACAGAGUAAAUGAUAUGACUUAAAAGCUACUUUGUUCUUUAAACAAUUGCCUAGUGUUGCCUAGUGUUAGUAACAACCGGUUUGAAUUCUAAUUCUGUUUGGGGGGUGGUUUCUUGUUAUUUCACUUUUAGGUAAGAUCUGACCGGGACAAGUUUACAAUCUUUUUGGAUGUAAAACAUUUCUCUCCUGAAGAUUUGAGUGUGAAGGUCAUUGAAGACUUUGUGGAAAUUCAUGGCAAACACAGUGAGAGACAGGUAAGCAGAAGGGAUAAAGAAAGUACAAAUUACUCAGCUGGAAUGAAAAAUUCAUUUUAUUUAGCAUUAACUACUGAGAUUUAGCUCAGAGGUGUAUGCAUCUGCUUUGGAAAGCACAAAUGUCAGAUUUGGUGAUACAUACUGUUAUGGUUAGGAUUUUUAAAAAUCCAUUUUCUUUCAUCAUGUACUCCAUAGCACUUAGAUGACAGUGCGCAUCACUGGGUAAUUAUUUUUUUCAGUACAGAAAUAAUGUAAUGUAAUCUGAAACUCCAAGAAAAUGUCUGCACUUUAAUAGCUCUGAAACAGGAUAGAUAGCUGGGUUGGUCCAUAGAAAACAAAAUCCAAAAUCUACAGUAGUGCAGUACCUUUAUUGAAGCCAAUCGAGGUAUAAAAAAAUAAUGAGCAAGUUUUCAAGUUCUUCAUAACCCUUCAUCCAGCUGGAUGUUAAGUAAAACCUGCAAGUUGGGCAUUGGGUGGUUGUGGAGAGAUAAGAAUGGCUUGACUGGGCUGGAGACUUGAAGACUAAAUGAGAUUAGCUUGCCUUGGGUGCUAAUUGGUUUCAGGUCAGUCCAUGACUCUUAGGACAAAGAAAGUGUGUGUGUGUGUCUGUGUGUGUAUCACAAUCCAAUCAUUCCAAUGUUUUCUUUGUGAGGCAAAGAACAAAGUAAGGACAAAUUAGUCUUAAAUUAGCAAAGCUAGAAAUUAAUUUUAGGCGGUACACUAGGUAAAAAGUCAAUAGAAGCCCAAUUGGGGAGGAUUUCCCAGUGGUCAGUAGCUCUGAAUCAACUGCAAAGGCUGAGCUUUUAUAAGCCAGCACAAAUGAGAAGUGUUAAAACAAGACACAAGAAGGAAUCAAGAGCCUUGAACUUGGAAAGUUACUACAUCUGAAAUGGAAAGCCUUCAAAAUCUGGAAGGCAGGAAUACCCCAAGGCCUACAACCACGCUCAGUGAGUGGAAAUCUUAGGCACCAUCUGCACUACACAUUUAAAGCAGAAUCAUGCCACUUUAAACAGUUGUGACUUCCCCCCAAAAUCCUGGGAGCUGUAGUUUGUUAAGGGUGCUGAGAGUUGUUGAGAGACCCCCUAGUCCCCUCCCAGAGCUAUAAUUCCCAGAGUUCCCUUUGAGGAGGGAUUGACUGUUAAACCACUCUGAGAACUCCAUUUUGUAUCCGAGACUCCCCUUUAAGUUACAGCUGAGGAGGCGUUUGGCAAGCCGCUCAGCCUGAGUUCUCUAUCUCUGCAGUUAAAAUACUGAUUACUUUAUCUCACAGGACAGCUGCAUUUUUAUUUUUUUUAAAGUAAUGCUCUCGAUUUCUUUUGUCUCUUGUCAGGAUGACCAUGGGUAUAUUUCCCGUGAAUUCCACCGUCGGUACCGCUUCCCAUCCAAUGUGGACCAAGCGGCCAUCACCUGCUCUCUCUCUGCUGAUGGCAUGCUGACCUUCUCGGCUCCCAAGGUCCAGUCCAACACUGACCCCAGCCACAGCGAGAGACCCAUCCCUGUAUCCCGUGAGGAGAAGCCAACCUCGGCUCCUUCUUCCUAGGCUGAACCUGCUGCUGCUGAAGGAGCAUCCAGGCUGUCACACUUCACUUGCAGGCCUCAUUCACAGAGCCAUUACAUAGAUAUCAGUGAAUAUCUAGAAGGGUUUCUCUCUCUUUCUCUUUUUUGUUCUAAUUUUUCUCUUGGAUGGAAUGAGAGGCCGGGUGAGCGGCUAGAGGACUUUGAAGCUGAAGCCUAAAACCUUGUGAUGUCGGGGUGACAACGUGGAAGGCGAAAGGGUGCUGCAGCAGAUCUGACAUACUUGCUGACAUGGUCUAGGAUGCUGUGCUAGUUUGGAUAAACAUCUGCCAAGCCCCAAACACAAGAGCUGGCCAGACAGCAGCAUUAGCUCUCAAUGCAUCAAUUGUUAAUGCUAAGUUUGGUGCAGCGAAAGCAACAGUACAGGCUUGUUCGACCCUAAAGUAAUUAAGAGCAAGCGAGAGCUAAGCUGAUUAGUGAGAGGGGAGAAGAAGAGGAAGAAAGAGUGGGUGGUACUUGUAACGAAUGUGCCAUGCACUUUUUAAAAGGAGGAAAAACCACAAAAAGUGUUUGGAAAGGGUUGUAACUUUUUUCUAGCAAAGUUGAAAGAGAGGAAACAAGUACAUGUACAUCCAUUUACAACAUCAACUGUCGUUUCCUCUGCUGGUGCAAGGACAAGCACAUCUCUCCAUGGUCUUUGCAGACCCACUCCGGGGUCCAUCACAAGUGCUGAGGCUUCAAAUCCC